AUGAAUAAGAAGAAGGUGAAUCGUUCUCGUGCAAAAACAAAGAUCGGUGAUUUAAAGAAGGAACGCAACCAAGAUGUCGAGGGGUGUCAGAGUUCAUCUCUGGUAGAUGAAACAAAGAAUGUAAAUCAUGUGAGUUUCAUUCAACAGAAAAUUGUUGAAGCUGAAGACAAAUUGGAGAAGCUGAGAAAAGAAAAUCGUAAGAAAGAGAUGGAUCUUCUUAUGAUCAAAAGCAUUCAAAAUCCAGCUAUGUUAGACAAUCUCACUAUGGACGAGUCAAUUGAACUCAAAAAGAUGAUAGAUGAGAAAAUUAAGGAGAUCGAUACUAAGAUUGCUUCACUCGAUUGA